AUGUCCACGGUGAACAGAGGCCUUUUUGAACCCACGGACCAACGCUUCCAACUACCACGAGUAGCGGAGGCGUACCCGGAAGCAUCACAUCUGCACCAGUGUAGCAAUAACACUGCAUGGUUCUUAGACCCCAAUGGUUACAUGAAAUAUGCUCCCCGUCUAGUCCCCGUCUGGGCUCUUCGCCUGCAGUCAGCUGCAAGGCGUUACGCAAGAACAGGCAUAGAAGCAGAAGCACAGCGAGCGCGACACGGCUAUGGCGAGCACGGUGACACCUUCUCGACGCCGAUCAGUACGACUACUACCAAGAUUGAACGAACCGUUCUUUCCUCUGUUUUCCAUACUGAUCACUUGUCUGGAGGCCCCAGCUCUAGCCACCAGAAAGCUGAUCCCGGCACCGACAUUGUCUACAGGGUCCGACUGCCUAGUGGGACAUCAAAUCUUUAUUACUCCUGA